AUGCCCGUAGUUGGCUCUACGAGUCGACAAUUGGCCCUGUCCUUUGAAGAGCCCACGCUAUCCGAUCGCCUGCGUCACCGAGACUCACGGUUGGUCGACUAUCCCAUAUCCAUUGAAGAGGAGGAUGAGAGCAAUGGUUCUGCAAGCGAGCCAGCGGAGCCCCUCACACCCACUAGCCACAACAGCGACACUGGCGCGCCCUUCUCUCACCCAUUUCGCCAUGGUCACCACGUUGAGGAGCAGACAGACGAACACGUAGACGACGUUUUCGCAACACCACGUCCAGCCACGCGCGACAGUUAG